AUGUCGCUCGCCGAGCGCAUCACAACGCUCGAGGAGUACCAGCCAUGGAGCAGGGAAGCAAGCCCCAGCUCGCGCGACCGCAAGCUGUCGUUCAAUCCCGUUGGGACAUGGACUGAAGCGACGGGCGAGCUGCCGACUGUCGGCGCCUUCGAGGUGCCCAAGUGGAAGAGGCUGCUCCAGGUCUUCCUCGCCGUCAUCUACUGCCUGUUCGCGGCGGGCGUCGUGUUUGGGUAUGCGGCGAUAAAACCUGUCUUGCUGGAGGAGGGCGUAUAUAGGGAUCGCUGUACAAAGGAUGAGCUGGAGCAGGGCGUGUCGGUAUGCUACGAGCAAGAGCUACGACUCAACCUCAUGUUCACCAUCGCCGCGGUAUCUACAAACGUCGUCGCUCUCCCCGUCGGCACAGUUCUGGAUCGCUUUGGGCCCCGAGUCUGUGGAAUUAUUGGUGCCCUAUGUAUUACUGCAGGAUCUCUACUCUUCGCCUUCGCCGCCGAACUCCCCUUCGACGCCUACAUCCCCGGCUACCUGUUCAUGGCCCUCGGCGGACCCUUCAUCUUCAUCUCGUCGUUCCAGCUCAGCAACACGUUCCCGCAGUACUCGGGACUGAUCCUCGCCCUACUCACCGGCGCCUUCGACACGUCCAGCGCCGUCUUCCUCAUCUACCGCCUCAUCUACCAGGCCACCGACAACUCCUUCACCGUCAAAAGCUUCUUCCUCAUCUACCUCGUCGUGCCCGCCUACAUCUUCAUCGUGCAGCUCUUCUUCAUGCCCGCCACGUCCUACAAAACAGUCGGCGAGCUCGUCAUCCAGGCCGAGGAAGAAACCGCCAUCCUGCACGACGAAGAUGACGACACGCAGGACCCAUCUACCAUCCACGCCCGCCGCGCCCACCGCGACAGCAUCGUCAGCGAAAUCACAUCCCUGCUCGGCACACACGACGGCGCCCAGCAAGCGCAGGACGAGGAGAAGAAGCGCAACGUCUCCGGCGUCUGGGGCGCACUCCACGGCCGCACAGCAGCACAGCAGAUCCGCACCCCGUGGUUCAUCCUCAUCACCCUCUUCACCGUCCUGCAGAUGACGCGCAUAAACUACUUCGUCGCGACCAUCCGCUCGCAGUACAUCUACCUCUUCCACUCGCACGCCAAGGCCGUCGAGAUCAACAACUUCUUCGACGUCGCCCUGCCCGUUGGCGGUGUUAUAUCUGUCCCCUUCAUCGGCCUGCUGCUCGACAACACAAGCACGACUUUCACACUCUCCCUGCUCGUUACCGUCGCGACCACUAUCGGCGUGCUCGGCGUCAUCCCCGAAGCGUGGGCCGCAUACGCUAAUAUCUGCCUCUUCGUGCUGUACCGCCCGUUGUACUACACCGCCGUUUCCGACUACUCCGCAAAAGUCUUCGGCUUCGCCACCUUCGGCAAAGUCUACGGCCUCAUCAUCUGCCUCGCGGGUCUACUAAACUUCUCGCAAUCCGCCCUCGACGCCGCAACACACAAGAUCUUCCACAACGAUCCCGUGCCGGUGAACCUCGUGCUGCUGGGUGCCGCGCUGUUGGUGGGCGCCGCGCUCGUGCUGUUUGUGUGGAGGCGCAGUGGCAAGAUUCUGAGGGAGGCGGUCGAGGAGGAGGCGCAGGGGGCGAGGGAGGUGCUUAUGCCGGGGGUGGAGUAUGGGACUGUUAAUGGGAAUGGACUUGGGAGUGGGAGUGGGGAGGAGAGCAGGGGGAGGAGGAUGUAG